CAACUUGCAGAAGAGAGGAGACAGGCGGUGUUCUACUAAUUCAAAGACUGAGAAAGAGACGUUUCUUCAAACUAAUAUUACCAACAUUAUUAUGCUGUCAUGUUAUUUGAAUAGCAACUGAAUCUAUCUUGCGCCUGGGCGUUUGUCCCACAUGUUUACAGCGGUGUAGUAUUGAGGCGCGGUUGGUUGGGCGCGAGGUGCGUCAGCGUGGCCUGGCUCAGGUAGGCGUGGAGAGCCGCGCGCCUAGACUCGAAAUCCGGAACGACCGCUUGAUGGAAAGAAACUACGGCAUGAAGACAAACGUUUUCAAACUAAACAGAAAGUGACAACAACUCGUGAGAAAAUUACAGCGACAGUUUGACAGCAAAAAGUGUCGGCACGGUUUGAGGGUGUGUUCCCACAUCUUUUCUACUUGCCUCAGGGUAACCUUGUCAUCCAAUGGCAUAUGGUAGACUUCAUGACCACUGAAGACCCCUGUGUCUAGUCCUCUAUGGAGCCUGACCAGGAAAUUACUCGGUGGCUGACCAGUCUGCACCUGGCCCAAUAUGCCUCCAGCUUCGCCCGGGCUGGUUACCGUUGCUUAAAAGACCUCAGGGGUCUAACUGAGGAGAAUCUUCUUGAGGUGGACAAUAUUCCCACAGGACAUCGGCGGAGGAUCCUAAGCAGCCUGGAGACCCUGAUGGUGGAUGUGGAUGGAGGUAAAGGUUCUGUGAAAGUACCGGUGAGGAGAAAGCCAAUACCAAGACCUAGACAAGUGUUUUCCAAGUCUGAGAAGAGAGGAACAUCUUGUCAGUAUUCUCAGGGCACGACAAGGCAAACUCGUCCUUCAAGGACUACUGCUGAUUCAGAGCGGAUGGCCAUUGGUUCAGCUACCCUUCCUCAUACACUUCCCAGUGUCACAUGUCACACAGUUUCCUCUGGCUUUGGCUCCGGCUCUGAGGAUGGCAGUAGCGGAUCACUGGAGAACUUUUCAGAAGAACCUGUUCCAGAUGAGAAUGAUGACUUUCCCUCAGAAGGAGCUUCUGUAGGGUUUCAGGGAGAAAUGGUUGAAAAUGAAAUAUAUGAGCAGUGCACCUUCGUUGAGGAACCAUCCGAGCUAAGGUCUACCCGCUCCUAUAAGCUACGACACAGACCUGUACCACAGAUCCCUGAACAUCCCUUCAUGCCUGCUUAUGACUGGAAUGUGGCAGCAAACAAUAACAAUGACCAUCUCACAAAGUCUGAGGGACCCGUCUGCCCCACAGGCAUUCAGAAAGCACCACUUCAAACGACCUUGUCCCCCAUUGCCCCAUAUGGAGAGCUUUUUCUGUACAAUUCAGCAGAAACGGAACUGGAUUUGGGCAAUGACGUAAAGUCCAGUCAAGGAGUAAAAGAGAACCUGGAACAACAGAAGUUAAGAAACAAACGGGCACAAACCCAAGAAAGAACACACAAUAACAAGAAGCAAGACCUUUCCAAGCAACAUUAUGUCGAUGAUGGUAAUGAUGAUGAGGAUGAUUACUCCACUGUCCAAGAAUGCACGCUUAGUCAGCGAUUGGCUAAUGAAUGCUCUUUGAAACAUUCUGCACCACCUGCUCUUCUCUUGAGCACUGGACCAUCAGCUUUGGCCCAGCCACAAACAGAUGUGACUGACAUAUACAGUGUGGCACAAGAUAACCUACCAGGCCUACUAAAAUCAAACCUUCCUUCUCAAGAAGUUUCCAUUUCUCCCUACGCCUGCUUCUAUGGGACCCGUAAUGCUGCCACCAAAGCAGGCUGGCUAGACAAACUCUCCCCUCAAGGGAACUGUGUCUUUCAGAGAAGAUGGGUGAAGCUCGAAGGAGGAAAUCUCACUUACUACAACAGCGAUAAGGAGAUGUACUCGAAGGGCCUGAUACCUAUUUCAGCAGUUAAACAAGUUCGUGCUCUGGGUGAGAAUAAGUUUGAGGUGGUCACGUCUGUCCGAACCUUUGUGUUUCGGGCAGAGAAAGAAGGAGAACGUCAGGAUUGGCUAGAGGUUCUCCAGUCUGCUGUGAGCUCCCAGUCCUCUGUUUCCCAUCAGCCUCGCAAAAAUAACGCAAACAAGAGUGGCUACGUCGAGCUGCGUGGCCUCAAAGGAAGAGUCUACCUCAGUCUCAUGGGAACCAGCUUCAGACUCUGUAAAACAGACCAGGACUUCAGUGCUGGGCUGGCCAUCACUGUGGUGGACCUGACGGCUGCGUGUGUGAAACAAGUUGAGAGGAAAGGAUUUGAGAUCACUACACCUUUCAGAUCCUUCUGUUUCACAGUGGAGUCGGAGCAUGAGAGAGAGGAAUGGAUAGAGGCAGUUCAGGAGUCCAUCGUGGAGACGUUGUGCAAUUACGAGGUUCUGGAGAAGGUUUGGUUCAACAAGUCCAACAGGAAGUGCGCCGAUUGUCAGGCUCCUGAGCCAGAAUGGGCAUCCAUCAACUUGUGUGUGGUCAUCUGCAAGAACUGUGCUGGUCAGCAUCGAUCCCUGGGUCCUGGCAUCUCGAAGAUCCGCAGUAUGAAGCUAGACAGCAGCAUAUGGACCAAUGAGCUCAUUGAGCUGUUUUUAGACGUUGGGAAUAAAAAUUCCAAUAGCUUCUGGGAAGCAAAUCUUCCCCCAGAGGAUGAGCUUUGCAAGCAGCCAACGCUGGAGCAGCGCGCAUCCUUUAUUCGCAGGAAGUACAAAAAGAGGAAGUACAAGAAAGUUCUAGAACGUCUAAACACUCAAGAGGAACUCAACAAGGCCCUGUGUGCUGCAGUGGUUCUCCCUGACAUCCUGCAAACCAUGGCGCUCGUUUUCAGCGGGGCAGAUGUGAUGUGUGCAACAAGUGAACCUGAGUACUCCACUCCAUAUCUACUGGCUCAGAAAGCAGGCCAGAGGCUGCAGAUGGAGUUUCUCUACCACAACAAGCUCUCAGAUUUUCCUAAGCUGGAAGCAGUAUUUGACAGCAGUUUUUCGACUGAUGUUCCUUCUUUUAUGGAUGGAUUUCUCCAUUGCUCUGUGAACGCCGGCAAGGCCACUCUGGACCGGAAAGGAAGACCUGACCUGGUCCGCCGUUGGUGUACAUUGGAAGGUGGAUUUCUUAGUUACUAUGAAAAUGAGAAGAACGCUACACCCAUAGGCCGGGUCGACGUCAGCGACGUGGUGAGCCUGGCCAUCAACAACACUGAGAACAUCACCGAAACAGGGCCAGUGUUCACCUUUGAGUUGUACCUGCGCUCUCAGAGAGUGCUGGUGUUCGGAGCAGAGACCUCAGACGCACACCAAGAUUGGACACAAGCCAUCGCCAAGUGUUUUGUCCCUGCAAGGGCAGAUGCUCUGCUGAGGCAGGACAGUGAGCUUAUUGGCCGACUGCACUAUAAAGAAGGUCAUGACCUUUAUCAUUGGCGAAUGGGAUGGUUUGCUCUGAUGGGCUCAGAGCUCUACUUCUGUUCUGGAGAUGAAGAUGAAGAGGAGGGAGUUCUUCAACUCAAACGCCUACAAGAGCUUACUGUGUCCACUCAUAUGGAGGGUGAUGAGAAGAUUCAGGUCUUACUCAUGGUUGAGAGUGGGAGAACUGUUUACAUACAUGGCAUAACCAAACAGGACUUUGCAUUGUGGCAUUCUUCCAUCCAGUUGGCAGCUGGGACCGACGGUAUGGCUCUCGGCAACCAGCAAAUGAAUAAAAAUGAUGUUCCUAUCAUUGUGGAUAGCUGCAUUGCUUUUGUCACCCAAUAUGGUUUGUGUUAUGAGGGAAUCUACCAGAAGAACGGUGACCCAGCCCGUGUGGCCCAGCUACUGCAGGAGUUUACCAAGAACGCUCGGGUUGUUAAGCUACGGGCUCAAGACCACCGGCUACAGGACGUCACAGACACUCUCAAGAGUUUUCUGUCUCACAGUGAAGAUGCUCUAUUGGCUAAAGAGCUGUACCCUUUUUGGAUCUCUGCCCUUGAUGAACAGGAUGAGAAGGUCAGAGUGCAAAAAUAUUCAUCCUACAUUCAGAGUUUACCCAAGGUCAACAGGUCAACUCUUGGUGCUCUGCUGCAGCAUUUGUACAGAAUCCAGAGGUGUUCGCAUAUCAACCAGAUGAACACGCCGAAGCUGGCAUGUGUUUUCUCCUCGUGCCUGUUUCAGACGGAGGGACACACGGCUCAGGAGACCCGCGUGGUGGAAGACCUCAUCAACAAUUACAUCCAGCUCUUCUCUGUCAAUGAAGAGCAGGUUAGGCAAAUGGAGAAAGAAAACAGCUUUAUCACCAGGUGGAAGGACACCACGUUCUCUCCUGCUGGUGACCUGAUAUUUGAAGUCUACUUGGAAAAAAAGGAGCCUGAGAAGUGCUGUUUAAUCAAGGUGUCUCCUAGCAUGAGGUCAGACGAGCUUGCCGUCAGCACUCUGGAGAUGAAGGGGAUCGAGGUCAGAGCUCAAGAUCUCUGGACCACGUUUGAGGUCAUUGAGAAUGGAGAGAUGGAGCGGCCCUUACACUACAAAGAGAAGGUUCUGGAGCAGGUAUUGGAGUGGAGCUCUCUGGAGGAUCCCAGCUCGGCCUUCCUGCUCAUUAAGAAAUAUUCUGGUUCUAAAAUGACAGAUUCCAACUCAGAUAAACUGAAAGAUUUCAUUAAAGGAGAGCAACUCAAAUUCAAAGACGGUUCUUCCAAACUCCUGUUGGGGAAUAAGUUUCAGGACCGAUACCUGGUACUACAAGACAAAAAGCUGCUGUUGUACAAAGACAUAAAAAGUACCAAACCAGAAAGAGAGGCUCCAUUAAAGUCUGUUAAAUGUUACCUAGGGCUACGAAGGAAGCUGAAACCAACAAGCAGUUGGGGAUUUACUGUUUAUACUGAAAAGCAGCAGUGGUAUUUCUGCUGUAAAGGGAAUGAUUCUCAGCAGGACUGGGUCACCUCCAUUAUCAGAGUGAAGCAUGGUGCUGACUUAUGGCCUAGAGACCUAAAGCAGAGCGCGUCGUUACCCUAUAACCUGAGUAGAGGAAGAACAUCUACUUACAGCACUGCGAAGACCAGCACAGCCAAACAUCACAGAGAGGCUAAAGGGAAGUCUGUCGUCAGUACAAGUGUAGAAGCUUCAAAUACACAAAACCAAAAGACCACAGAUGAGGGCAACCAACCAGACUUGAUGCAUAAAUUGGCAAGCGGUGAAGGAACUCCGUGUGUCUCCAGGCUUGAAAUGGUGAUUGAUGACACACUUCAGUCUCUGCGUAGACCAUCACUUCAACAAGACCCGAGCAAUCUCACCCAGCUAUCACAGAAGAAAGCAGCGUUGCCCAGCAGAGGCGUACAGUUGCCGAAAAACCUCAUUAAUGAACUAAGUACUGUUCUCAACAAAACAGGACGCUCUCCGAAAGAAGACAAUUAGGAGAGACAUAAGAGAGACAGAAAGACAAGAGUCUUGUCUGUUGCACUUCCACUGUGCAUGACGAAAAACCAAGACCAAAUCAGCCCCCAAAGCACAGUUCCUUCUCAGUAAGGAAGCUGGAUGUACUACUACUUUUUUUUAGAGAGUAAGUACAGUGAAUGUUUAGACUGGGGUAAACUACUGCGUCAAACAUUGGAUGUAAAGACUUUUUUUUUGCACACAACUACUGUACAGCUGAUUGCCAUAGGUUGCUUUAAGCUAUUAUCCUUCAAUUUAGAACAAUAUAAUUCAGUAUUAUUGAACAUUAGUGAUUGUUUUAGGCUUUUGCAUGAUAACAUGCAUUUCCCUCUUCAUUCUCAUAUCUGUUUUUAUUCUAGAUGAGGUUGAAAAAGACACUACUAGACCAUGUUGCACCAAUAUCUUCUUAAAUCUUAAUAUUUUGAAACUGGUUGUUCUGAGAUAAGUUAAAUGGUAACACUUUGCACAAUGGUUCAGUUUAUUAGCAUUAGUUAAAGUGGCAUGAAAUGAAAAUGUACCCUAUUUUAUAAAUGCGUACUAUUGGUCUUAUUGAGAACUAUUCAUCCAUAUAUAGUGCCCUCCACUAAUAUUGGCACCUUUGGUAAAUAUGAGCAAAGAUGGCUGUAAAAAAUAAAUCUGCAUUGUUUAUCCUUUUGAUCUUUUAUUCAAAAAAUUCACACAAAAUUCUAACCUUUCAUUGAAGUGAAACAAUGGAAAGUUGGGAGGAAAGCUCAUUAUGAGAUUUUUUUUCUCUAGUUUACAUUGGUCACAAUUAUUGGCACCCAAUUUUUGCAAUGUUUUUUACCCAACAAAACAGCUCUGAGUUUUCUCCUAUAAUGCACAGUGAGUUUGGAGAACACCUGACAAGAGAUCAGAGACCAUUACUUCAUAGAGAAUAUCUCCAGAUCCUUCAUGUUAGUGCUUCUCUUCUUCAUUUCCCCCCUACUCAUUUUCUAUAGGGUUCUACAUUUCUGUGUUGAUUUUGAUUGGUGUCCUGAUGGAAAAUCCAACCAUGGCCCAUAAGAUUUUUAACAGAGGCAGUCAGGUUUUAAUUAUUUAUCUGUUGGUAUUUGAUAGAAUCCAUGAUGCCAUGUAUCUGAACAAGAUACACAGGACCUCCGGCAGAAAAGUAGGCCUAACACAUUAAAGUUUCAGCAGUAUAUAUAACUGUGAACAUGGGGUAAUUUUUAACACUGUUUGCACCAAAGCCAUCUGGUGGGUUUUCUGCCAAAAAGCUCUUUUUUUAUAUAGUCUCAUCUGACCAUCGAAGCCAGUCCUGUUUGAAGUUCCAGUUGUGUCUGACAACUAAAUAUGCUGGAGUUUGUUUUUGGAUGAGCAAGGAGGAUUUUUCUUGAAAACCUCCCAAACGACAUAUGGUAUUUGUUUGGGCUGUUUGAAAUUAUUUUUAGGCUUUCUGACCCCAAGACUCAACUAGUCUCUGCAAUUCUUCACUUGUGAUUCUUAGAGAGUCUUUGGCCAUUCAAACUCUCCUCCUUACCAUGUAUUAGAACGAUAUACAUAUUCUCUUUCAGGCAGAUUUGUAACAUCUUUAGUUUACUGGAACUUCUUAGUUAUUGUCCUGAUGGUAGAAAUGGGGAUUUUCAAUGCUUUAGCUCUUAGGUCUUCAACCCUGCUCCUGGAGACCAACUUUCCUGCAGAGUUCAGAUCCAACCCUAAUCAAAUACACCUGAACCAGCUAAUCAAGGUCUUCGGGUUCACUUGAAAAGUCACAAACCAGGUGUUUGGAAAUAAACUUUGCAGGACAGUGGAUCUCCAGGAGCAGGGUUGAAGACCUCAAAUUUAGCUCAGGGGUGCCCAAACUCACUCCUGGAGGGCCACUGUCCUGCAUAGUUUAGCUCCACCACCAAUUAAACACACCUGAACCAGCUAAUCAAGCUCUUACUAGGAAUACUAGAAACUUCCUAGUAGGGGCACGUUCAAGCUCAAAUCGAGUUGACAUGAUGUUUCCUGGAAACGGUGUGCAACAGAGUUUGAGAUACGUUUUCUCUUGUUUGGUGGGUGUGUCAAAAAUGUCAGCCCAAUCAGCAACAACAUGUAUAUAUGUAAACCAUGCGGUGUUAAAGAGACAGCUUGCACAAUGGGUCCAAGUAAAGCUGUCCGCUGCAGCUCGGUAUGCGCAACAAUUGAAGAUAUUAGACAACAUGUUUGUCAUAAGAGCUUUAUAGUAAUAAUAUAGCAUAUAUAUAGCAUGUCAACAUGUUCAAAAAGAACACAAAGAAUGGCCUUCUCAGCUGCCAAAGUUGCAACUCUUGCGUCAUCAGAACAGGGUGUUCAACGCACCACUGUUUCUGUUUAAAAACUGUUUUGCAACAUUUUGUUGGGUUCGAAUGCAGCCCAGAUGUGUUGAGGCAAGUUAUAGCUAAACUCUACAGGACACCGGCCCUCCAGGACCAAGUUUGGGCACCCCUGCUUUAGCUAUCUUCUUAUAGCCACUUUCCAUUUUGUGAAGCUCAACAAUCUUGUUCUGCACAUCAGAACUAUAUUCUUUGGUUUUACUCCUAGUGAUGGAUGAUUAAGGGAAUUUGGUCUUUGUGUUUCUCAUAUUUAUAAUCCUGUGGAACAGGAAGUCACGGCUGGACACUUUCAUGCUCCUUAGUCACCCUGUUGUAUUAAAAAAUUGUAAAUAUGAAUGGGAAUAUACGUCAGAGAUAUAUUACUUGUAAGAAUUUCUAGGGGUGCCAAUAAUUGUGGCCAACAUGCAUUGGAGAAAAACAUUUAUUUUACAGUGAGAUUUCCCCCCCUACGUUUAAUUGGUUUACUUCAAUGAAAGGUUAGAAAUUUGUGGGUUUUUUGAAUGAAAGAUCAAAAAGAUGAACAAUGCAGAUUAAUUUUCACAGCCUUUGCUCAUAUUUACCAGGCAUGCCAAUAUUAGUGGAGAGCACUGUGUGUUUUUAAUUCAAAUAUCAUAAAUCGAUCUUCCAGUGAAGCAACAGUCAGAUAUACAUUCAUAGUUGAAAAAGUAAUCUAUCAACUGUAAUCUAUUAGGUAUCAUGAACAAUGACCAAUAAUUUUACAGCAUUUUUUAGUCUAGGUUAACACUUUUCGACAUUCAGAGUUACAUUAACAUUAAUGUAUUAUAAACAAACAUGAAAUAACUAUGAACAGUUGUACUGUAUGUUUACAAAUCAACACUAAAAGGCUGUAAAAAAGUUAAGUCAUGAUACCUAGUUCAUUGGUUGAUGAUAACAAAUUGAACCUUACUGUAAAGUAUUCUUACAAGAAGUCAUUUUAGUUCAGUUCAACUAUUUUUGGUUCUUUUUUGAUCAUUUUAAUACUGAUGUGCUUCAAGAUCUACCAGGCGUGUUUUUGACUCGAGAGAAUUGUGUGUCCUUUUAUAGUUGGGUACAAAAAUAGCCGUGCUGUUUUCCCGCAUCCCUCUGUUUUCAUGCCAGCAGAGGUUGAAGACACUACCAGACAAUGAUGCUCCAAUUGCAUUGAUCUGUUUAGAACUUAUCAAACCUCCAUGUAAUGAAAGUGGUUGUGCAAAAGUGAGCUGAAUUAGUCAUUACAAUCCUUAUGGUCUACCACGUGUUUUUUCAAGAGAAUCUUGUGCCUAUUUAUAGUUGGAUACAAAACUUACUCACCAUUCCAAACACUCCAGAGUUGUUGAAUAAUGCAUAAUAGUAUGAGAGCAUACACAAUGAAUAUUGUCACCCAGUUUGAUAUUAAAUAUUUAUAGUUGACAUUUUAUGUAGAUUAUGAAUCACUUAACAGCCAUCUGCGUCUCAUGGUCGUUUUUAAAAUGGUAAUCAUGCACUCUGCCUGUCAUCAAAACAUGUGACAUACUAAAUUAUGUGUGACAUGCAAAUAAAGUUAAAUGGUUUAUAUUGUAGACCUACACUGCCAUUUGAAAGUUUGUGGUUGGUUAAGAUUAUUAUUUUUUUGAAAAAAAAAAAAAAAAAAAAAGUUCUAUGCUCACAAAGGCUACAUAUAUUUUUUAUUAAAAAUACAGUAAAAAGUUAUAUUGUAAAAUAUUAUUACAAUUUAAGAUGUUCUCUAUUUAAAUAUAUUAAUCAAUUUGUUAACUAAAACUCAAAACAUAAAACAUUUUUGUUAGUUAAAAUAAAUGUUGACUGAAAUAAAUUUCUCAUUUUCAUUUAGUUUAACUUUUUAAAAUGACUAAAAGUGUAAAAAAAAAAGAAAAAAAAACCAUACAGGCAUGUUUAAAAACAACAAAAACCAAUAAAAUGACCAAAAAACAACUAAAACACGAAAGCAGAAAAUAAAUAUGAACAGAAUCUAUAAUAGUAUCUCAAUGAAACAUUAUAAAAGUAUUUACUGGAACUUUGGAUCAGUAAUCAAUAAUCAAAAAAUAAAUAAAUAAAUAAAAAUCUUACACCAAACUUUUACACGGUGGUGUAUAUACUGUAUAUUCACUGUAUAUAUGUUGCGUCUGUUUUUUGCAGUCACUUUACAAGUGCUCUCUCAACUCCUCAACAUCUGUAUAAAUAUCCUGGAGAAUUGCCAAUGGUUUAUGAUCUGCUUGUAAAAGUAUGCUGCUGCCAUUUUGAUUUGAGAGUGUUUCUAUUACUCUUAAAGUGUUAAUCAGGUUAUAUUCUGUGUGUUUUAUUGUCUUCGUCUGAUUUACUGUCUGUAAUCAGCUAGAGGUGUAAGUGACACACUUGCACCGUCUCCCUCAUUAAAGUUUUUAUGCUUGAA